CUUUCUUGGUGUUUUUGUUUAUACCUGAAACAUCUAUUAUAUCACCAAACGCUCUAAUAUAAAUUUCUUGUUUAUUGCGUAAUACAUCAAAAUGUAUUUCAACCAGUUUUUCGAAAUGGAGGAACCAGUUAAAGAGAAUGCUGAUGGACCAUUAGUAACAAAGGAUUACGUUAUAGCAUAUGGACAUUCAAAAGUCAGCAAAAAUGUUGUAUUUGGUAUAGGGGACAUGCCUGCAGGAACCAGUAAUGUUAUAAGUAAGUCGGCUUUGAAGAAUAAACAGAAACUAGAUAGAUGCAGUUCAAAACCAAGUCAAAUACCACGGUACAGAUACCAUCAAAAAGAACCACCAAUAUUAGAAAUACCAACAAAAUCAAUGACAGAACAUGCAAAUAAAAUAGAAAGAACACGACGCAAACUUUUAAUGAAAUCAUCAUUAGAAAAGAUGCAACUUCACAGUCGAAGACGAGAUAUUCGUUCAGAUAUGCAAUCUGAAUCGAGUUCAGCAAUAAUAACUAAAGUACUUUUAGAAGAAAUUAGAGGACGUCAUAAAAUUGGAAGUGAUCGGUUAAACGAAUGGCUAAUGGAAUCUGCUACGGACUAUUUAAGGCCAAUAGCGAACUGUUUGGGUGCAAGUAACAUAUCCAGUACAAUGGUGCCACAAACGAGUCAAAGCGAAUGUGAUGUUAAUACAAGAAUGAGUAUAGAGAAAAGGUUAAUAGAAGCAUUAUCUAAUAAAAAUCAUAAUGCUAUUAUAGCGUUGGAUAAAAAUAUGCCCUAUAUUGCAUUUGAGGACUUGGAACUAGAUAUGAGACCUGAACAUGAUGUAUCUAACAAUGAUCAUAUAAAAGAUCAUGUUAAUGAAAUAGUCAAUCAGAAAAAUACAGAAGUCACGACUAACGCUGUAUUUGAAAAUUGUAUACUGAAGACAAAAGAAUACUUCAAAUCCAAAUCGCAGCGGAAAAAAGCAGAAAAGGAUGUAGAAAAGAUUACCGAAAGAAAAGCUCACAGCCGCGUCGAUGAUGCCGAAUUAGAUACAAACGAAAUGAAGAAAUGUAUUCAAUACAAUGUCGGAAGUGGUGGUGAUCAUCUUACAGAAACAGAACGCAACGAUUUAUCUGGAACAAUGUAUGACGCAACAGAACAUAUGCCUACAUCAUCUUAUAUUGAUUGUCCUUCGGAGAUUCUUCAAAGGAUGACGAAUCUAGAAGCUGAAGGUUAUGAUAUUGCAAGUACAGUAUCUGGAACUGAUAUUGAAAUUCGUGAUGAUUUUCUAAGCAAUUAUAAUUUCGAACAAGCGUAUUCUAGUUUAAUGGAAGGUCGCAGUGAAAAUUGGAUACUGGACAAUUGUAAUGAUAGUUUAUGUUGUAUCGAGGAGCCAGUCGCACAGGAGCCAAAUAUUUGCAAACUGUGUACAUCUUGUGCUAAAGACAAAAAACAAAAGAAAGGUGCACGUGAUUCUCAUGAUUACCAUCAUCAUUACUGCUGGAGACGAGAAGUUGCAAAGAAAUGCAGUGAAAGAACUGUACGAUACAGGGGACGUUGCAAAAAGUGUCAUAAACAUAGAAACAAUCAGAUACGAAUUCCUCGGCCGUUUAUAACGUUCACAAAACACUUCUCCGUGGGUAGAAUCUGCAGACGACGAUGGAACCUCAUGUGGAAAGGGACGGCAGAGAGAUGGGCCAGCAAACCCAAGUCUCAUUCUAGGUGUAGAACGUUCGCCACUGUGCUGGAUUUGCAAAGGUCCGGGUUCUGGGAAAAUGCCGACGUCCAAACGACCGUGUUGCUCUACCAUGAAGCAGGGACGGACGCGGUCGCUAAGGAGCAGAAAUCCACUGGUAUUGUACCGCCACCUAAGCUGUAUUCGGAAGCCUGUACCAAAAUUGAAUCAGACACAUCAAUCGAUAACAAUCAAUUGCAAAAACAACAGACGCAAAUAGGAACAUCAACGGCUAUAAAAUACACGAAAAACAAUUCACCAGAGCAAACGGGAAAAAUCAACCAUCCAAUUAAUAAUGCAACGAAAUUAUACAAAACUGACAUAUCCACGUGUAUAGAUCCGAUGGAAGACUUGAAUCGGACUACAACAGUUGUCACCUUAAAGGAGAAAGGGAUUAACAAAAACACUGAUUACACAAACUCUACGAAGUACAGAAGCCAAAUUGAUCGAGCUAUAGAAACUGAUGGAUCUUUACUAUUGAUUACUAAGAAGAGAUCUUCAGUAUCGGUAACUUCAGAUAUAGCUAUGGUUGUUAAUUUAAACGCUCAUGAGGCAUUCAAUCAAACUGAUGAAUUGGAACAAGUAGAUACAGAAGCAAACGUCAAUUAUAAUAACUCGUUGGAGAUUUCAUGUGAUGACAGUUCUUUGUUCAGUUACGACGUCGACUUUUACAAACCGCACGCUGUAGAGACAGAGUCGGUCGAGUAUGGAUACCCUCAAUCACAACGCACAAUACGAAUGGUAAAGCCGAAAGUGUCACGAAGACGUUCCAGUGCCGGAGGUCAAGAUCUGGAGCUCACCUCGCAUCAUAAUGUUGGUAUAAUUACAUCGAAUAAAAUGUUGUCACCACCAAGAGGAAACAUAAAUUCAUCCAGACAUCUAGUUUACACGUCAGAUAAAUCUGGGGAUACACUAUCUACUGAUGUCCGUUCGUGUGAUUACAGCAAAUUAUUAAUUUCGUCAAGCGCUGAUACAGAAGAUCAAGAUGACGAUGAAAAAGACGCCAGUACUGAAGGGAUGGCACAAUUUAACGAUUUGACAAAGGAAACGUCGAGAUAUCUUUGCAGCCGACAAUAUGACACAAACGCUCAUGGAACGUACACGGGAAGUUCAUUCUUUAUAGAAGCUAUUGACAGGGAUACAAAUACAAACAUAUGCGAUAUCUAUAUAGAUACAGCUGUCUCAUCGCCAAAUUUAAUUGAAACGUGCAAUUUUAACGGAGGCCCAGUAACACACCAUGUUCAUAAAGCUGUGUCAACUCAAGGCUUAGUGCAAAGAUACUCUUUUAAUGGCGGAUCGCAUCGAUCUCAACGUAGUUUUACUGCAGAUGUGCAUCCGGACUACACGACUAAUUGCACAAGUAUGACAGAGCAGUCGAUCACCAAGCCGGCGGGAGUUAAGAGCGCACUUAUACGAGAUAUUGAGAAGCAGUCGGGUUUUGAAGACAAAUCGCAUACAUACAAUUCCAGUGACUCUUCGUCUUCGGGAACUUUUAAAGUCUCGCCAGCAAAGAGAGCUGUAGCUAUCCAAGUGGUACUCGAUAAUACAGGCCAUGAUGUCAAGUCUCGAAGGGUUCUAAGCACAUCGGUAGGAAUCUUCACAUCACUUCACGGACUUUCCCAAUCAAUACAGACUCCAUACAACAAACUGGCGAUUGAUAAUGAAUUGGGCUUCAAAUUGAUACCGGCUACGUCACAAGGCACAUACACGUCAUGCCACAUGGCCGGUGCUGCAGUGCAAACCGCUUUCAAGACUGUAAAGAAAAGUAUAGGAACUCAAUUGCCAGCGACGGCACCUUCGGACGUAAAUUGUCAAGCUCUCGCGCCAAUUUUAACGCCGAUGAAGAAAAGCUGUUUAAGUAAGAAAUCAACCAGCGCCAUGCAAAUACAAACUUUUAUUCAUUGUCAAGCAGUUCCUAAAUUGCCAAAAGCGACAUCUAGUGAAGAUUUAACGACUGAAGGCGCAGGCGCAGGAAAUGAAAUGAAAAAUGUAAAGCAACCACCAACUCUUAGUACAAUGAUUGAUAAAAUAACUACAACAGACCAAGAACUUAAAUGUAUAAGACAAGAAAUUAAAUCGAAUGUUCGAAACAUAGGAAUUCAUGUAAAUUUUAAAAGUAAGGUUAAUAGAACAGCAAAAGAACUAAAUAAGAAAGUAUCAUUACCUAUUAAAAAAAACAAAUGGAAUAAGGGGAAAUUGAAAGAAUACUUGUUCGUAUAUGACAUACCCCAUAUUAUACCGCAUUCUAUUUUCACCGAGCAGACAUCUCCAACAACGCCUUCGAUAAGAUCCAGCCACAUUUUAUGCGAGCCAACAUUUGUAGAAUAUGUAAGUGAUGGUGCGCAAACCUCAGCUAGAGAAUGGAAACUUUACAAUGAAGAACGAAAUUUAAAUAAAGGUGCGAAACAACGAGUGCCAUCUAGUGGCAGUCCUCGAAACUUAAAAAAAUCGAAUUUAUUUUACUUGGAGGCGUGCACGAUGAAACCCAGUACUUUCCACAACGCAGGCUGUCAGACUUACGAAUAUAUUAUUCCGGUAAUAACUAUAGCUAGUGCUUCCACCUGUAGUCUAUCACCGGCACUAAGUCUUACUGAUAUUUGUGAAGGGAGAGAUAAAAAUGAAUUACAAGCCGUGUAUUACAUGCUAAGUGCUAUAGAAGGGAGAAUCAGAAGAUUGAAAAGAAACAUUCGCUGCAGACAAUAACCGAACAUAGAUGGCGCUGUUUUGAGUUAAUAUUUUUCCAAGAUUCUGCGUUGUAAUA